GUAACUGUUCAUCUUCUCUCUAAACACUCUCCCUCCCAAACACUCCGUGCUCCCUUUUCCAAUCUCUUGUGUUGCAUCCUUACAGCCCAAAAUCGUCGAGUUCCAGAUGGCCCCUUCACCCCAGAAGAAGAAAUCUACUGCGAAGAAAGCUGACAAAAGACUUAAGAUGGAUCCUAGAUUGUUUAGGUCAGUUCAUCAUUUUGAGAGAUACAAGGAUAACUUCUUGAAUGCAGGAAUCAUUCAAGAGAGAUUUGUGGAUUUGGAUGAUUUAAGGCAAACUUUUAUUCCCAGUUGUUUUGAAGGAAGAGGAUGGGACAAACUUUUAAGUGAUUUUCCUUUGGUGUGUGAACCUCUGAUUAGAGAAUUUUAUUCAAAUGCUGUGAUAAAGGAGAAUGAGUUAAAUUGCUGGGUUCGAGGGAAAGAAUUCAUCUUGGAUGCACAUGUCAUAGAUGAUGUACUAGGGCUUGAGGGUUUGGAUGAUGAGGAGUUUGUCAAUUUCAAGGAUAGGAGUGUCUCUAUUGAAACAGUUCAACAGAGAAUAGGUGGGCAGAGAGAAGGGAAGUGUUUGAAUACCACUGCCUUUCCAGUGGACAUGAGGGUUCUAACCAUAAUCAUGAUGUUUAACCUUUAUCCUAUUAGGAAGUUGACCACAAUCAAUUGUGCUAGAGCAAUUUUUCUGAUGGAUCUCAAAGAGAAGAACUUCAUAGAUAUAAGUUCCCACAUCUUUGACAUCAUUGUGGAUGAGACAAGAACAACAUCUAGACCAAAACUGAUCUUUCCUAGUCUCCUAAUGAGAAUUUUUCGAAGGAAGGGUGUUCAAAUUCCUCAAGACAUCAGUCACAUGUCUACACCCUCUGCAAUCAACAAACUUACCUGCAAAAGGAUCAGUGUUAGGCUUCCAGGAGAAGAAGAUGAAGGUGAUGAAGGAGAGGAAGUCCCAAUGGAGACUGAUGCAGAGACAGCAGGGCAUGCAUCCACCUCAACACCAAGGAGGAGUGGCAAGAGGUCCAGAGCUUCAACUUCUGCAGAUGCACCUCCAGAUGCUUUCCAGAUCAUUCUGGAAAGGCUUGAUGGGAUCAGGGCAGUCCAGACUGAGCAUUCUGACAGAAUGAGAGCCAUGCAAGACCAGAUUGAUGUCUUGGCUGCUACACUUGACAGCUUCACAACUCAGCAUGACCAGUGACCCUUUGGCCAUUCCAUGUCAAAAAGGGGGAGAGAGUUCAUUGAUAAUUGAAGCAGAAAAGCAGCUCUUGAGGGGGAGUAAUUUGUUGAGGGGGAGUAAUUAGUGUUUUUAUAUU